GCAUCUCGGGUGGGACGUCGAGUGCCUCGGGCUCCACGUUGACGUUCGGCUUGGUGACGGGCGUGUUGCGUGAGGGGUGGAGGGCUUGCAGCUUGGCGUAUGUCUCCUCCGUGGCUGGGGCGACUGGGGUGGAGUCCAGCUUCUUGGCCGCUCAUGUGAAUUCCCCAAGCUCCACUAGCCGCUUGGCUGUCAUGAAGGCCCUCUGCGUUGCCGUGUCGUGGGUGGGGUGGGCGGGUGUGGGGUGGAUGGCCGGUGUCGUCUCGGUGCUCUUUGGUGCGAAAUCGGCCCCCUCGCGUAGCAGCAGCUCCCAUUCCCCCUCCCAAAACAGCCGAAAUCUUCGCUCCCACUUUCUCCUCCCUCCCGCCCCUCCUCUCUUGGUUGGGAACAGCAGCAACGAAGGGAUGUACAGAAACAGGAGGAACCCGUCGUCCAGCUGGUUGGUGUCGCCGUCGGGGCUGACCAGCGCGUCUGCCGCCUCCAUCACGUCAGCCAUGUCGAUCCUUGCCUGUAGGGGGAUCCUUGCCUCCGUCGGGAUGCCCAUGCGCCAGGCCGCCGAGUGCUGCUCCUCUGUGCG